GCCGAGGCCAUAAUGCAGACCGCUGCAGACGAGGAUCGGGCACGCCAGGAAGAGGAAGCUGCUCAGCAGCAUCUUCGCGAACAGCGCCGCCUCAAGAGGCACAGGGACGAGGCCGCAGUCGAGGAGCAGGUGGAGAGAGAUGCCCAGCAACGAAUCGCCGAAGGCAUCGAAUCCGGUAUCUGGGCCCGACUAUCCGAGGCAGACCGUCAGGGCGCACAGCUGCCAAUGGUUCUGGAUAUCCUGCUCGCCCUCCGUCGACUGCUGACGCAACUGGUGGAGGACAG